GCUAAUCAGUUUUAGGGUGAUUCUAACAUUGCACAACCGUUUCCAACAUGACUGCGCAAUCUUCCUAAUCUUCUUCUAUACUUAACUAUUUACGAGAAAAAUCACACCGCAAGCAUGGCUGCCGUACUAUCAAUGGACAAUUCGGUGUUUGCAGCCUUUGCAUUUUAUUCUUCUGUGCUGAUCUUGAAAAUUUUGCUGGUUAUUUUCGCAAUUGCUUUUCAUCGCCUUAAAAACCAGGUUUUCCCUAGCCCCGAGGACUAUAAGAAGGAUCCUAAAGGCGAGAAGCCACAAGAAAUCAAGACUCAUCCUGAUGUGGAGCGAGCACGAAGAGUUCAUGCCAAUGAUCUAGAGAACAUCAUUCCUUUUAUUCUGAUUGGCAUCCUGUACAUUCUGACUGGCCCUUCUGCCCAGACUGCUCUUAUUGUAUUCCGCGUCUUCACAGUGGCUCGUCUGCUCCACACAUUGACAUACUUCCUAGGGGUGUCAAUCAUUCGUGGACCAUCCUUUUUAGCUGGUGUAUUGUGCAUUGGGUUUAUGAUUGUUAAUGUAAUCAUGGCCACUCAUAAGUUUGCUUUUUAAGGAGAAGAAUAGGAACUGCAAUGUUGUGUAAUCUUAACUUGUAAUCUUAGACUUGUUAUUUAGGAAUUAGGGAUUUAGUUGCAUUCAAUGAAGUGCUUCCCUAUUUAAUAUUUAGCCGAAAGCUCUUUAAACAUAUGUGACAUCCAUGUUAUUUUUAUUGAUGUAAAAUGUUUAGAUAUGACAUGUGAAAAAAUUAUUUUUGAGUACCUUGAAUGGUAAAUUUUAGAUCAGUUUUGCUAUGUUUUUGGUAAUAGAACAUGCAGGUAAAUGCAGACAUUUACAGCAUUGCACAGCAACCAUAGCAAUAUCUUUGUUAGAAAUAGUUUGUUAAAUAAAAGUGUUUGUACACCA